ACAUAAGACAGCAGAGAGGAUUCCCUAGUUAGUUUGCUCUGGAAUAAAAAGAAGUGUUUGAGUUAUUGGAUAAAGGAAUCUUGAUAAAUUUAUUAAAGAUGAAGUAGGAGAAGAGUGAGUGCUUCGUAUAGUCGUAGAGUAGUAGAAAUGGGACGUCUCUCAUACCAGUGGUUGCAUGCAUUGAGAGAUUGAGUCACUCAGUAGGGAGCUUGAGGUAGUUAAAGAAAGAAAGAAAGACAUAAAGAAAAUGGAAGAGCAGAGCCUGUGUAAGAAGCUAUGCCAAGGAAUAAUCAAAGUUAAACCUUUCAUAGCAAUUGUGUCUCUACAAUUUGGAUAUGCAGGAAUGUAUAUUAUCACCAUGGUUUCUUUGAAGCGUGGCAUGAGUCAUUAUAUACUUGCAGUUUAUCGCCAUGUUGUUGCCACUCUUGUCAUCGCACCUUUUGCUCUUGUUCUCGAAAGGAAAACAAGGCCAAAGAUGACACUUCCUAUCUUUCUCAGAAUAGCGGCUCUUGGUUUUCUGGAGCCAGUGCUUGAUCAGAAUAUGUACUAUGUUGGGCUGCAGUAUACAUCAGCAACAUUUGCAUCUGCUUCUAUCAAUGUCCUUCCUGCCAUAACCUUUAUAAUGGCAAUAGUUUUCAGGUUGGAGAGAGUGAACAUUAAGAGGGUACGGGAUGUAGCCAAGGUUAUUGGAACAUGUAUAACAGUUGCAGGAGCAAUGGUUAUGACUUUGUACAAAGGUCCAGUCCUUGACAUUAUACGGUCACAUGGAGCAGCCCACCACAAAGGCGGCAGUGAACCCAGUAAUCAGCAUUGGAUUGUAGGAACCUUACUGCUCCUAGGCAGUUGCUUUGGCUGGUCAGGCUUCUUCAUAUUGCAAUCAUUUACUUUGAAGAAAUACCCAGCAGAGCUUUCUCUUACAGCAUUGAUAUGCUUGAUGGGUACGGUGGAAGGUGCAGCAGUGUCACUUAUCAUGGAAAGAGACAUGAGUGCCUGGAAAAUUGGCUUUGACUCGAGGCUUCUAGCUGCUGUUUACACUGGAGUAGUUUGCUCCGGAUGUGCAUAUUAUAUUCAAGGAGUGGUGAUUAAGGAAAGAGGCCCUGUUUUUGUAACCUCUUUUAGCCCUCUAUGCAUGAUCAUCACUGCUGCUCUUGGUACCAUUAUUCUAGCUGAGCAACUUCACCUUGGAAGUGUAAUUGGAGCAGUUUUCAUUGUUCUUGGGCUAUACACUGUCGUGUGGGGUAAAAGCAAGGAUAGCACAAGUAAUUCAGCAGCACCAGUGACAAAUGAGAAAAAUGGCACCCUUGAAUUGCCAAUUUCUGACACUAAUAAAUCAUCAUCAACCAAUUUUGGUAACAAUGUCUAGAAUGGAACUGAUGGAAUAAUUGAAGAUUCCGGCAAAGACUACUUCCCCUGAAAUAAAAUAAAGAAGAAAAAAAAAGGCUUGGAAGAUAUAUAUUUAUGUAAUGUGAGAUGUAUUCAAUAUAUUCUCGCAAGAUGUAGCGAUCAAAAGUGGGACUGAAUUAUGUGUAGUCUCCACUGCUUCCCUAAAACUUUGUCUUAAGAUUUUGAUCACUAAUUAUAUAUAAUCUUGUCCUUCUGUA